UUUCCCCCAUCCUUCCAAAACUGAUUGCAAAACUCAUCCCUCGGCAACCAGAUGACUUCGGCAGGCCUGAAAUCUGGAAAGAUAAGCGCCUACACUGCAGUCAAAGUGGACCCUGAUGGGGACUAUUGUACCCCUGGAGCAUUUGACCUGGAGCGGCUCUUCUGGAAAGGCAGCCCAAAGUACACACACGUCAACGAAGUCUGGCCCAAUCUCUACAUAGGAGACGAAAAAACAGCCCUUGAUCGUUACAGCCUUGAGAAAGCUGGCUUUACCCACGUCCUCAAUGCUGCCCACGGCCGGUGGAACGUGGACACUGGACCAGAAUACUACAGGGACAUGGCCAUUGAAUAUCACGGCGUGGAGGCUGAUGAUCUCCCCACCUUCGAUCUUAGCCCGUUUUUUUACUCUGCUGCGGAGUUCAUCGAUCAUGCUCUCCAGAAUGAAACAAAUAAGCUCCUAGUCCACUGUGCAAUGGGCCGCAGCCGCUCGGCCUCCUUGGUCUUGGCUUACUUGAUGAUUUACAAGAACAUGACUGUAGUCGAUGCCAUAGACCAAGUGCUCAAGCACCGUUGCAUCCUUCCCAACCGUGGCUUCCUGAAGCAGCUCCGAGAACUGGAUAUACAGCUGGCCCUGGAGAGGAGGAACACCACAAAUGGGAUCGAUCCGAGCAGAGAACAGGAGGCCGGCACAGAGACAGAGAUCUAACGUUUUCUGUGGCCCAGC